CCAGAGAUGCACAGGAUCAGACACUUGUGUAUGUGUUUGAUGACCCUUUGGAUCUCUUUGAACAAGAAUGAAGAAAACUUGGUUGAUGCUUGUAUGAUCACUUAUGCAAAUCAAACACUUUCAGAAGAUUUAAUAAUCAAAGAGAACACACUCUCCAGUUUUAUUUAUCCACUCGCCGCAAGAGCCAGCGUGACUUCCCAGUUGGUUGCCUUUGUCAUAGAAGUUAAGAUAUGUGACAGUGGAUCGUCCUACAGUGCCUGCAACUGCCGAUGGCUGCAGAACAGGGACGCCGUGUGCAAAGGUCAAAGGUACAAUGCCACCUGCUGGGCGGACAACUCCGAAAUGCAUUUUUCGCUUCUCAUUAAAAGAACAUACAGUGAUGUUAUGUGGGAGCUCUUGCGACAGAACUACACUCCACUUGUACUGAAGCACUCUAGCCUGCAAGUAACCUACCCUCCAAUUAUCACGGGCUUGCAUAUAAAUGGACAAAAGGUCAAUGGAACACACCUUGUUGGGGAGAACCAGGAGGUCAUAUUCUCUUGUUUCUUCCUAAAUGGCAAUCCCCCAGUCACCAUUCGCAUGGUGGAUGACGGUGGACACACCUUAAGUUCAACUGGGAACCGAGAAGGUCCUCUCACUCUCUCUCGAGAUAUUCGAUGCAACGAAGUGUGGCCGACCAUCAGAUGUGAGGCACCAGGCUCGGAACUUAACAAAUCGGUGGCCAUUCUUGUCAAAUGUUUGCCUCGGUUCUUCCCAUUGUCUAGUGAAUUCUUAGACCUGACAAGAGUUUUACGCAAAGGCUUGACACUUCCACUAAAAUCCUACACAAGGAAUAUCAGUAAAUGUCUCAUGACUACAUUGCUCCUACUCUCUCCUAACAAGGAAGUGGCAUGCGAGGUUAGCGGAAGUGUGCCGGACCUCAACUUGACCCUUCGCUUUGCUGCCAAUACUACGAUUGGGGAGGGCAUUUGGACAUUACAUGCUUUAUCAGAGCUAGGAUUUUCCAACAUAACGAUUGGACUCGUCAACAGCACCUCCAAAUUUUAUGGUCGGUGGCCUGAACAAGGCAAUGGUGGAAAUGGGCGAAAGACAAGUAAGUUAAUAUUUAAAAAUACUAUAGUAAUCGUAAUAAUAGCAACAGUUAAUGUUAUUAAAUAUAAUUAUCAAUAAUAUUAAAGACACAAUCAAAGUAGAAAGGGGCAGAGAAUUCCAAGCAAUGCCAAUGGCAUCUUCUGUAGAGCUGCCCCUUUCAAGGACGAAAAAAACAAACUAUGGAAGGUAGGUAGAAAGGUCGUCUAAAACGCGAAGAGUUUUCUCCGAGAAAGGCCAAAUAAAUACGAAAACGAUUUUACAUCAGCUCUUUUGCAAACGACAACAAGCUUUGAAUGAGAACAGGGGUGGGCAAAGUAGAGUCCGCGGACUUGAAUUGCUAGAGUUGUUGUGUUGUCUCAGCAAGAGUUUUUAAUAUAUUACCGGCCCGAUAUAGUUUAG